ACCUUUUCAUCUGCUUAUCUUCUUUUACAUGAUCGCACAAUCGGUUUGCUGCAACAAAUUAUGUCACAAUAAGACAGUUUUAAAUCCCUACAGCCUGGUCUAUAUAUUAUACCUAUUAUUAUGCACGGCUACGGAGUACGCGGCAUUAUGGGAUUGCGCAUGUGCGCUGGAGUUUGUCAAUAAUAUUGACUCAAUAUGGCGAAUGUCAGGAAAGAGUCGUAGCGUUUGUGACGUUGUAAAGCACAAUACUAGUGCUCGUAGUUUAUUUGUGGAGUCUAAGAUCAGACUUGCUGAUAGAGUACAGGUGAACAUUAACAAUAUUGCAUCUUUGACAAGACAAAUUCAGAGAGGUUCAAAGAGUAAUGAAAUUCUGAUGCAGGCAGCUAGAACUUUUGCCCAGCAAGAACAAGGUUUAGAAAGCACAGAAGCCAAUUUGAAAAAGCUGUCGUUGAUCACUACUCAUUUAGAAUUUCAAUUAAAUGCUAUCGACCAAAGUGCAUCGAAGUUAGAGGAAGUUACAGAACAAGUUCGAGCAAUGCAACGAUAAAUAAACCAUAGAAGUAGCAUUCAUUGAGAAUCAUGGAACUGCAAUGUAUAAUAAUUUUGUUAUUUUAUGACUGAAUAGCUAUAAAAAAAAUUUGUUUUCUCUACGAGAAUGCAAAGCAUACAAGUUUUAUUGUUAAAGAAUUAAAUCAUUGUUUGUAAUUUUGAACUAGAUCUGAAAUUAUUAUUUUUAAUAAAAUAAAAUAUACGUACAAAAAACAAAAAUACACGUAUUAACUUUAUUGUUCUCUUUUAUUCACAAGGAAAAUUUGUCCUGCUUUCUUGCAGGUUUAUAAUGUAAGAUCAUAAAAUAUAGAGAUUAGUUAAUAGAAAUUUGAAGACUCAGAAGUUUAAAAAUUAAAAUUUUAAUUCACGCGCCUUUGCCGCCCCGUCGCCUUUUUCUUUUAUAUUUGGACCGUGCGAGACGCGCCCCAAUCGCCAGCGGAUCUUGUUUUGCAAAGUGAAGGGCGAAGGUUAGGUUUAUACUGGCACAUGCAGUGCAGCAGUCGGUGCCUGUAGCGAAUGAAGUGUAAACGUAGAAGCAUUUUUUUGCUUUGUAUAAUUGUAACAUUAGAAGAUAAUUGUUGCUAAGCAAUUAUGAGUUCUGCAAUGAAGAAAAAAUGUUCUUUAAGACGAUGUACUGUGUUUGACUGUAGAUCAGGAACAUACAGUGAUAGACGAGUGAAGACUGAAACGGGCCUUCGACAAACCACAAUAUUUACCCCACCUAUUAAUAAGCCAGAGCUCCUAAAAAAAUGGUCCAAAAUAUUGAACAAAGAAUUGACAGAAAAAGAUAGAGUUUGUGAAUUGCAUUUUGCAGAACAUUAUGUGAUAAAAUCAGAUCACACCAAAUUACCCGAUGGAACAGUAUUUUCGUUACCUAGAAUAAAAUAUCGUUUAACACCAGAUGCGGUUCCUUAUAACCCUAAUAAUCCGACAGAAGUUGAAACAUAUGAACAAGGAAAGGAAAUCCAAAUAGCAGAUGGUGCAGCAGACCAGACAAAGGAUGGCUUUCUAGUGGAUCAUCAAUAUUUUAUUGAUGCAAGGAAGCCAGAUCAAUACGUUUAUUAUAAUAAAGAAGUAGCUGCUUGUUUUAUGAUUCCAAGUAUAAAGGAUGCCUUGGUAAAGAAAAAAGAGGUCUCUGAAACAAGCGAUGCAAAUGAUAAUGAUGAAAUUACUAUUUAUGGUACAGAUGAUACCAUUAAAGAUACAAAUGAUAGUACAAAUAGUAAUAUCAUUGAUGAUACAAAUAGUAAUAUCAUUGAUGAUACAAAUAAUAGUAUGAAUAAUACUAUUGAUGGCACAAAUAAUGGUACAGAUGAUACCAUCGAUGACCCAAAUGAUGAUAGCAAUUUUGAAGUAAUGGAAUUUGAAGAGGUUUUCAAUGUUGAUAAAAUAGAAAAACAAAAGUUGAAAAUACAAGAAGUUAAGGAUUACCUUGUGGAGAAUCCACUACAAAGAACGUGGAGUUGGAUGAAUUACACGAAAAAGGAUAAUGGUAUCACUUUUGCUCAACUCGAUUGCAGAAGUAGAAAAAUUAGAUGUUUUGUAGAAGUACACGAAGAUCUAUCUAUAACGCUUCAUACAGGGGAUGACAAAGUAAGUUUAGAAAUAGAAUUUGAAUUGACAUCAAUACAAAGUAUUUCAAAAAUGUUACAAACGGUUGUAAAAAUGAAAAUAUGUUCUGGAACUGCUCUAGAAAAGGAAAGUCGAAGUGAAGAUUGUACUGGAAUAAUUAUUCCAGAAGAAGAGUACAAGUGUGCGAGAAGCUUAGAUAGAUGUAUAGCUUGUCGAAAAUUAAGGAUUAGAGUGAUGCACUCACGAGAUACCAGAGAUGUGAACGUUAAAUAUUUAAAUUUGAAAAAGCAAUAUGAACAAUUAAGGCGGAAAUCAAGAUACCUAGAAGAAAAAUUGGACAUUAAAACCACAAGAUUAAAAGCUAUAACAGAGAUGAUUAAGUCUGUCAACAAAUAUGGUAAAAAUUAUGAAACAGAGUUAUGAAUAUGCAUAAGUAAAAUGAAAGAGACUGAUGCAUAGUGUAUUUAGUAUUAUAUAAGUUAGUUUGUACUUUUCACUUUCUGACCGUCAUUAUUUUACUGAACAUCUUUAGAUUUUUUGUGAUGAUACAUUUUUUAGUUACUUAGUUAAGAUUUUUACAUAGCAAUUAAUUUUUUGGUUGAAUUUUUAUAAUCUAUAAUUGUAUGUGCCCAAGUCACAAAAAAAUAACAAUUUACUAUUAAUGUAUGUCAUUUCGUUUAAAAUUUUGAAUACUUGUAUUUAAAUGAAAGAUACGUUUGAAUCAAAUAUCAUCAAUGCCUACAGAUUAAAAUUUUUGUAAUGUAAAUAUACAUUUACAAUUUUAUUUUACAAUCAAUAUUCUACGGAAUAUAUCAGAUGAAACUUGAAUGUUUGCAUUUCCUAUACGUCUUCAAUGAACGUUAUGAAAACAGAAGGGAAAUAUAAAAUUUAUAAAGUCAAUGUACUAUACCUGUAUAAUAAUUUAAAUAAUAUUUUUAUAAUUAAACUAAAUAAAGUACUUCUAUUGAAUGCA